AUGGUUUUGCACAGUACAUUUGUGAUCUUUCUGGCGAUCAUCGUACCCGCGUGCGUAACGGAGGCCCUCAUCUAUCAGUGUGAUCAUUACGGAAAAGAUGGCCAAUAUACCUCUCGCCACUGUACCCUACACGGUGUGCAAAUUGUGCACGACGGGGAAGAUGUGGACUUUACGUCCGAAUACCCCCGUCCCUAUUAUUUUGAUUUCCAGCAAUCAAAAAUGGAUGAAAUUCCGCGCGCACUGUUCACAGCGUUUCCCGAGAUGCAAACCAUCGACUUCCAGGAGACGGGUAUCGAGACAAUUAACAAGUUUACGUUCGAGAAGGCGAAACAGUUACGUGAUCUGUAUCUAACCCGGAACCGGCUGAUGGUGCUAAACAACCUCAUCUUCAAAGGUUGUGAUCUGUUGGAGUGGCUUGAUCUUUCUCACAACCGUAUUCACGAGAUAAAGGAGAAAGCGUUCUACGACAUAUCGACGCUAAUACGGCUGGAUUUGAAUAACAACCGGUUAGAGACACUGCCAGAGAACGUCUUUGCGGAUUUACCGAGCCUAGCUAACCUUAACCUAAACGAAAAUCUGCUAACCACGCUUGGUGAACGAAUAUUCGACCACAAUCGGCUAAUAUCUUUGAGCUUGAACGACAACAGGUUGCAGACAAUCCAUCUGAACGACACAUUUCAAUCGUGGCAGCUAGUACGGCUGCGAGGAAACUUCCUGAAGAGCGUAGUGUUGCCUUCCACACCUAUCCUGAUCGAUCUAUCGCACAACAACCUAACGACGAUUGAGAUCCUCAACAAAGAAUAUGGGGUACAAACGCUCGAUCUGUCACACAACCUGUUUACUGAUGUUGGUAACAUUUCCAAGCUGACUAAUCUAUAUAAGUUGGAUUUGUCGUUUAACGUACUGCAAGCAUUACCGCUGACCAUCUUCCUGAAGAUGAAGUAUCUUGAAAUGCUUAAUCUAGAGGCAACCAAUCUGACGGCAUUGGAGCACGGUAUAUUCUCGCAGCAGUCCAACCUGACCUUGCUGGAUGUAUCGUUCAAUCGUUUUAAGACACUCGACCUGACCGUGCUGACGGCUGCUACAAAACUCGACCACUUGCAAAUCGAUGGUAACAAUCUGUCCAGCAUACAGUACCAUCGCCUACCGGCCAUGUUCCCUUCGCUCACCUAUCUCGGAUUGUUUGCAAACGCUUGGAACUGUUCCUAUCUGGUAGAUCUGGUGCAGUUUUGUCGAGAGCAUUCGAUCAAGGUUUACCCGUUGAAAGCGUACGCCACCACGCUUGACGUGUCUAAUGUACAGGGUAUCUACUGUAAGAGUUCCCAGGAAUCAAUCCUUCCCGCGGUAGCUCCAGUAGAUCAUCCAAUGGGCACGGGAUCAGCAUCAAAAGAGCUAACGAUCGAUCAUCUGGUAAACAUGAUGAACGAAAUGAACCGUACAACGGAACAACUGCUGCAGGAGAUGGUACGAACGAUUCGUCAACGUCCUGGUGAUAGUGGAGUCGUUGGUGGAGGCCCAGCGAUAGUGACCGCAUCCUGCACCGAACUUCACGCGUACAACUAUCAGGUGUUUAUACUGCUCAUUCUUUCCAUAAUACUGAUCAUCAACGUAGGUUUCCUGCUGUGGGUGCAACACAAUGCGAACGUGCGACGGGCCGUCGAUCGUAUGAUCAUCUUCCGCCGCGAACAAGGCGCCUCCAUUCAAACUGCACUGCAUGAGGAAGUUUGA